AAAACCACUUUGUUUCGAAAUUGGCUUUGCUCAAUCGGCUAAUCAGCGAAUCGGGUUUUGGAUUUGAUCAGAUCCCGGGCCCGUAUGAAAUCUAUGGUCGGUCCCCACCUGAAGAAACGAGAGGCAGAGAGAAACCAAAGAGAUGAGCUAACGGCAUCGACAAGCCACACGAUUUGAUUCUCUACCAUGAUAUAUAUAUUGUUUCCUUUGACAAAUCGCAGCACAAAUUCCAAUACCCAUUUUCAGUUUCCUAGAUUUUGAAACAUGGAAGCUUGGUGAUUUUGAUAAGGUUUAUAUUGAGUUAACAAAAGAUGUUGCCUGUUUGCUCUGCCACUCAGUGUUGUUCCUCUCAUUCUCAGGUGAGUUUCACUUCCUAGACUGUAAUUUAAUUCGUGUUGUUGCCAAGUUUCUAUCAUCCUUGUACCUCGGAUUUCAUCUAUGCCCUUAGUUUUGGGGAUGCAUGACCUCUAAUUAGGUGGAGAACAAGCCGGGACUAUAAUUGAAUUUUUGCUAAAGAGAAAAAUUCUGGUGUCAAAAAAUAAAAGAAAAAUAAAAUGGUGCACCUAGACAUGUCUGCCUCUUUAUAUAAUAUGUUUGAUGUAUUUGAGUUGAAAAAUCUGGGGUGCCUAAGUGAAGGUUUUGAAUGAAGGUAUAAAUUAAGCUUCAACUGUUUAAGUAUAAAGGUCAGUAUGACAUCAUGUAGAGCUUAUGUGCCCAAGUGAAGGUUUUGAAUUGAUUCUCAUGCUCUAGCAUGGUAUCAUAGUCCAGUGCAGCUUUCUCCUUCCUUCUAGGCCUACACAUCACAGGGAUGCUGAGUAAAUCCCUUAACAACCUAGCAGAAAGUUUUGCAUGGCCUAAUAAUCUGCUUGUACAUCUCUGUUUAGUAGUUUAAGCAUUUGGGUGUGAUUCCCUAGCAUCAACUUCCUUCUCAUGUGCAGUGGAUUAUGAUGGCAUUUUCUCUCCACUUAAGAGCGUGUUUAGCAUUGCUGUCAAAACACCGUUUGCCAAAAAUAUAAUUUUUUUUGCUUAAAAUUAUUUUUUUGUUGUUUUUGGACUAUUUUGAUGUGUUGAUGUCAAAAAUGUAUUUUAAAAAAUAAAGAAAACAUUAUUUUGAUGUGUUUUCGAACGAAAAACACUUUGAAAGCAACCACUACCGCAAUGUCAAACACGCUCUUAAUCCGAUUACUUACAUCAGAAUAUAAAAUUAAGAUAUGAGGUCUGUGAGACUCUUCAAUAUACAAAUUCCAUGUCCACCUUUAAAGAACAGAAUUUGACAAUUUUCAGUGAAGCCUUGCAGGCAGUAACUUCCAUGCACAUCGGUUAUCAAUUCACCAAGUUUUGUGUUAUAAUGUCACAUCUUUCUUCAUAUACCUCUGGCAUAGUAUUUCUAUUGUCAAAAAUUUCAUUCAUGUAUUUGAAACCACAACUACUGCAAAUAACAUUCCAUGGAGGUCUGCAACCAUUUUGCUCAGUCUGGAAGGAUUUCGAGUCCAGAUGUUAUGUCGUAGACAUGGUACUUUUGGGAAUAUCAAAUAUAGCACAUCACCAAAGAAUUUCCUUCAAAACACAAGCUAUAAAGUCUUUCUACUCUAAUUUUAUUGAAAGCUUUGCUUUCAUUAAUGAUCAUUCUUGCCCAAAUGAACUAGGCAACAUUAAUUGCACCCACACCCUAUGGGAGGGGGUAAACUGAAAUUCUUAGAAAGUUAUAACAUAUCUGAUGUUGAAAAAGGACCUUUGAACUCUGCAGACCAGUUUGCUGAUAAUACAGAUAGUUUAAUAUGACUUGUGGAACCUGAAAUAACAUCCACUAUUGAUAUGACACUAGAGAAUCCCAGUUUGGGAUCUGAUUCCCUGGAAAUGGAUAACGAUUCAUUAUCUAGUGCAAAGGCUGCUUUUGAUGAUUUUUUGGGCGAGGUUAGGGACUCCAUCAACACUUCAGUAAAUAAUGGAGGAAAUGUUGUGCAAAGCUCACUAGACACAAUUACUUCUUCAAUAACAUCGAUUAAGGAAGGUGCUUCAGAAGCAGUAGAUGGUGUCUUGAGUAAAGUAUUCUCUACUUUUGAUCAAACAGGAGAAUUAGCUAGCGAUAGAUUGACUAGCUUUUCAUCUGGUUUGAGGGAAGCCACACAAACUGCUACUGGCACUUCUAUUGAUGUGCUCAGAGUUGCAAUCACUGCAGUGGAGGAAUCUAUAGCAAAAGGGGCUUCUUUUGUUGUUUAUUCUUAUGGGCCUGCCAAGGAUUUGCUUCCUCCAAAGAUCAGAGGUGCACUGAAUCUGUCUGAAGAAAGGGUAACACAGAUUUUAAGGCCAAUUGGUGCAACUUUUCAACAGGUUUACAUUGCUAUUGAGGGGUUGGAGAAAAGGCUUGGCUUGGAUCCAAAUGAUCCAGUUGUGCCUUUUGUUCUUUUCCUUGGAACCUCAGCCACUUUGUGGUAUGGAUGUCCUUUUGUGCAUAAAGGAUUUGUUUAUUUAAUCUGCAUUACAUGGGAAGCUUAAGUUUUCUACCAGAUUUGUGCUCGGGUUUUUAUAGGGUGUGGGUAUAUGGUGGUUACUCUGGAGAUUUGUCUCCGUAAUUAACUUUGGAGCUCUUGGCAGGGAAGGAAGACGCCAUACUUAUUGAUGUUCGGCCUGAGGCAAGAGAGUAAAAAAAUAAAACAAGAAUUGGAGCUUGGCUGUAUCCCUUUUUCAUAACUAUGGCUUAUAUUCUUCAACUUUAUUCAGGUUGAUGGCCAGUAGGGAAGCUUUUAAAGGGUGGACGGAUCUUGAUGACAUCUUAACUGCUGCAGUCAUUCGAAACUUGAAAGCUGUACAUGUAUAGCUUUAUGUUUUAAGAGCUUUGAUAUAACUAUUGUUUAUGCAUGCCGUCAUUGUUUCGAGACAUUCAGAAAAAAGAGAAUUCUGAGUAGUGCAAGAAAGAAAGGAAAUUCUCGGGGGGAGGGAUUUGGGCUUGGUUUAAUCAGUGUUGUGUGUUUUAGCAUCAGUGGCCUCUGAGGACACAAGAAA